CGUGGCCUAGCAGGGCUGUACCGUUGGAUACAGCGGGUCAGGUGGUGCUGCCGUUAUUGUAACCCGUUCUUCUCCGAAGGCUAGAGGAAGGUGCUGUCCAUCUCAGAGCGAGCAGAUAAAGAGGGAGCGACGCAGAGAGACAGACGCAGUGCAUGGGCAGACAGCUCCGGGACAUGAGACAGCACAGCCCAGGAUUCUUUCUGUCUCUGCCCAGAUUGCACCCAGUGAGCCGUUGGCACCAGGUCUGUGCCCAGAUUGCACCCAGUGAGCCGUUGGCACCAGGUCUGUGCCCAGAUUGCACCCAGUGAGCCGUUGGUAGCAGUUCUGUGCCCAGAUUGCACCCAGUGAGCCGUUGAUACCAGGUCUGUGCCCAGUUUGCACCCAGUGAGCCGUUGGUAGCAGUUCUGUGCCCAGAUUGCACCCAGUGAGCCAUUGAUACCAGGUCUGUGCCCAGUUUGCACCCAAUGAGCUGUUGGUAGCAGGUCUGUGCCCAGGUUGCACCCAGUGAGCCCAUUGGUACCAGGAGACUUUCAGCCGUUCUUGCUUGGCAGCUCAGCUCCUGGACCCCCCUUCUCUCUAUGCCCCUGCAGCUCCCCACAAUGAAUUUCCGUAGCCACCGGCUCCUCCGCCGCUCCCCGCCUCCCCCCCCUCCAAUCUCCAGCAAGCCGACGGCAAUCAGCGGUACCAGCGGCACCGGGCUCUCCAGCCUGAGCAGCAUCGCGCAGAUCAGCCCCUGCCUCUACUUGUCCAGCGGGAACGCCGCCGGCAGCCGCCACUUGGUUUACUCUCGCAACGUCACCUGCAUCGUGAACGCCACGCUGGAGAUCCCCAACUCCAACUGGCCAGACGUGGACUACAUCAAAGUGCCGGUGCCGGACUUGCCCCACGCGCCCCUGGCUUUGUACUUUGACACUGUGGCCGACCGCAUCCACCAAAAUGGAAAGCGGAACGGCAGGACAUUAGUCCACUGCGUAGCCGGGGUGAGCCGCUCCGCCACGCUCUGCAUUGCCUACCUGAUGAAGUACCACCGCCUCGCCCUGCUCGAUGCCUACCAGUGGGUGAAGACCAGGCGGCCAGUUGUUCGGCCAAACAUGGGCUUCUGGCAGCAGCUGAUUCAGUACGAGAAAAAGCUUUUUGGCAAGAACACUGUGAGGUUGGUGCCAUCUCCCCUGGGCCUUAUCCCCGACAUCUACGAACGGGAGACCCGCAGCCUCAUCCCAGUGUGGAAUUUCAGAUAGAGACCCCUCCCGUCUCCUCUGGGACUUGGCAAGGGGACAUCACCUCUCCCUUUUAUACUGGGGGGGGGGGGGGGGGCACAGCCUAGCUUACAGGACCUUUUUUAAUCCUAGGAUAAUAUUUUUUAGGUUACACACCUUAAUUUGCCAACUUCCAUAAGGGUGAAAUGGCUACGGGCAGUGCCAGGCAGCAGGGAGUGUUGUUGUUUGUUACCCUGUGUGUAGAGUUGCACAAGUUGCCCCGUAACGUGCCUCCCGGCUGUGUGUGUGUGCCCCGUUGCUAGGGAGACUGGGCGGGGGAAGAGGAGGGGGGGUGCGGGGAGGCACAGGCUGGGCGCACAAACAUAGAUUUCUAAAUAAAAACUUAUUUAUCGUA